GGGGCGGCCGCGCGGGAGGCGCAGGGGCUGAGUCCCUUUCCACCUGCCGGCGCGAGCGCAGCGCCAUGGGCGGCCGCCAGCCGGGGGACCGCCGGGCUGAGCCCCGCUGAGCCCACCGGGCCGGCCAUGGGCGACCGCGAGCGCAACAAGAAGCGGCUGCUGGAGCUGCUGCAGGCGGCGGGCACCGGCAACUCUCACUGCGCCGACUGCGGGGCGGCGGAUCCUGACUGGGCCUCCUACAAGCUGGGCAUCUUCAUCUGUCUGAAUUGCUCCGGCGUCCACCGCAACUUCCCAGACAUCAGCAGAGUUAAAUCCGUGAGACUUGACUUCUGGGAUGACAGUACCGUGGAGUUUAUGACCCACAACGGGAACCUCCGUGUGAAGGCCAAGUAUGAAGCCAGAGUCCCUGCUUUCUACUAUAUCCCCCAGGCCAACGACUGUCUGGUCUUAAAGGAACAGUGGAUUCGAGCUAAGUAUGAAAGACAGGAAUUCAUGGCCGAUGGGAAAACCAUCUCACCCCCAGGUAACCGAGAAGGGUUCUUGUGGAAGCGGGGAAGAGACAAUGCACAGUUCCUGAGAAGGAAGUUUGUUCUCCUGGCAAGAGAAGGCCUCCUGAAAUACUAUACUAAAGAAGAGGGUAAAGGCCCCAAAGCUGUCAUCAGCAUCAGAGACUUGAAUGCCACCUUUGAAACAGAGAAGAUAGGGAACCCCCACGGGCUGCAGAUCACCUACAGGAGAGAGGGCCACAUCAGGAACCUGUUCGUGUACCACGAAAGUGGGAAGGAGAUAGUGGACUGGUUCAAUGCCCUCCGUGCAGCCCGUCUGCAGUACCUAAAAACGGCCUUUCCUGAGCUCCCAGAGUCUGAGCUCGUGCCCCUCAUCACCAGGAACUACCUCAAACAAGGCUUCAUGGAAAAGACGGGCCCAAAGCAGAGAGAACCUUUCAAGAAAAGGUGGUUUGCCCUGGAUCCCCAGGAGCGGAGGCUGCUCUAUUACAAGAACCCACUGGAUGCCUUUGAACAGGGCCAGGUUUUUCUUGGGAGCAACGAGCAGGGGUAUGAUGUAUAUGAAGACCUGCCCAAGGGUAUCCGAGGGAACCGCUGGAAAGCUGGCCUCACCAUCAUCACCCCUGAGCGGAGGUUCGUCUUCACCUGCCCCAGCGAGAAGGAGCAGCGGGAAUGGCUGGAGAGCUUUCAGGAUGUCCUCUCCCGCCCCCUGACGCCCCUCAACCUCCUCGCUGCAUCAACAGAGGGCAGCCACGGCCGCAGGUGACCCAUUAGCUGAGGAGCUGGCCACUGGUCACCCGGAGCUUGUGGUGGGAAGGACAAGUUCUCACCUUGGCCUUGGUUGCCCAGCUGGAGGGCCCCAUAGGCAACAGCCAUCGCUGGCCAUGAACUCUGCCAAGACUGAAGCUUAGGCCUUUACCUGUUGGCUCCCCAGGCCUUCCCACUGCCCAGCCCUGGGGGUCUUGGGGCUCUGGCACAUGUCCUCAAGGCCCAGGACAUCUGAAAUGAAGGCACCGCAAUGGAAAGCUACCCACCGUGUCAUGCAAGUGGCAUUUUUGCUCAAAGAGAAAAAAAGUUUAAUCUGGAUCUAACCAUGAGGAACUAAUCAGACAAAUUCAAUGAAACAGCUGGCCUGGACUCUUCAAAAGUGUCAGUAUCAUGAAAGAUAAAGUAGUGAGGAAAGGGUUCUAGAUUUAAAAAGACUAAGGAGGCAAGAAAAUGCAAUUCAUGAUUCUUGACUGGAUCCUGGAUUUUUAUGAUUUAUUUUUUUAAAGAUUUUUAUUUGUAAGUAAUCUCUACACCCAACGUGGGGUUCGAACUUACAACCUCGAGAUCGGGAGUCGCACACUCUCCUGGCUGAGCCAGACAGGCUCCCCUGGAUCCUGGAUUUUUACAAAGCAGCUAUAAAAGACAUAAUGGAGGUAACUGGGGAAGUUUGAACAUGGAUGUAUACUAGCCAAGAGUGUUGUAAAACUGAUAAUUAUGUUGUAUUUGUGUAGAUUGUUCUUGUUCUUCAGGGAUACGUGCUGAAGUGUUCAGGGGUAAAGUGUAAUAAUUUUUAGUCUACAACUGUCUCUGAAAUGGUUUGGCAAAGAAUAAGUGUAUGUGUACAUGUAUAUAUAGACAUAUAUAUAUAUAUAUGUAUGUAUAUAGUGUAUAUAUACAUAUAUAUAUAGUGUGUGUGUGUGUAUAUAUAUAUAUAUAUAUAUAUAUAUAUAUAUAUAUAUAUAAGAUAGGAAAUAUAUAUACAGGGAAAGGGCUAGAGAAAGCGAGCCACUGUGCAACAUGUUAGUAGCUGAUGAAUCCAGGUGAAGUAUAGAUGAGUCUCUAUUGUCCUUUUUGUGCAAACUUUCUAGAGAUUCAAAAGCGUUCAAACUUAAAAGUUGGAAGUGGGGGAAACUUUUAAAGAGACCAUCCACUUCUCACUCUUCGAAAGCACUGUUUUUUCUACAUGAAUCAAAAAUGUCCGUGGGAAAGUCCCAUCUUUGUGCACAUCUGAGAAGAAAUUAAAA